AUGCUGGAGAUGUUAGGGUCCUUGAUUUACGGGGCUGUUCCGGCACUACAGUUCCGGCAACCAGAUGACCCUCUCUACGUGGAUCGCUACCUUGGUCUAACUACCUCUCUACUUCCAUUGCUUUUCCAAUUAUGCGAACUGAAUUGGGCGGUCUCCUCGACGGGCCACGGGGGGCGUGAUAUUCAUCGGAUAACGCACUCAUUAGACGAUCUCGAAGCAGCAGCACUCGCAUGGCAACCCGGUGUUUCCGAAAGUCUAUGUCAAACCUUCUCCGCAAUUGAGAUCGAACACAUAUCCUGUCAGAUCCAAGUAAUGCGCAUGGCUGCCCUUCUCAUGAUUCACCGUAUGAGAUUUCCCUUCGGGGUGCACGACCUUCCUGCUCGUGCAAUCGGAAUGUCAAUUCUCACACAGCUAGAAUCAACUAUGCUAGCAACAGGAAAGCCGGUGAAAUUCGUGAUGGUACCUGUUCUUGUGGCGUGUGUUGAGUUGACAGAGGAUGUGGAAAGGGAUCGGUGGAUGCUGCAUGUGCCGACCUUGGUAUGUUGCUCUGAAGGCUAUGGGUUGUAUAUCCAGAGACUUGUAAGGGCGUACUGGGCGGCCAGGGAUUCUGGAGUUCAUUUCAAGGGAUAUAAUUUGAGACGGUAUUUGCACGACGAAUGGCUACAAAAUGAUGAAAACUGA